AUGAUCGGAACCUCGUUGUGGGAGUACAUCUUCAUUCGCGGCUGUGCCAUAGGCCUUCACUUUAUUGCUCCCCUCAGCUUACUCUAUUGCUCCAUUGUCCUGUUCCUGCGGGCUAUUGGGAUACACGACUACCGCUACCCGUUGAUACUUGAAAUAUGGCUUCUGGCCGAAACUGCAUUCUUCCUUUUUGUCUACCUUCCAUUCAAUUACUACCUCCAGCGCGCUGCUACACAUCCGGAGCUUCCUUCUCGCGACGGCCGCCGGGAGCUCUUCAGAAAAUGCCACGAUAACGUCCCGGAUCCCCAGCGGUACUUAUCGAAAUGGUUUCUCAAUGCUUCAGCUGAAGACAUCAAGCGGGAAAAUGUCAAGGAAUUUCUGCGGUGGGCAUUUCUGAACAAAGGCGAGAUUGACGCGGCGGAUGAGGAAGAGCUAGACGAGUAUGUUGAAGGGCUUGAAAAGCUUGUGGGCAGGCGCUUUGAGAAGGGGAGAGGAGAGGCAAAGUGCCUCAGAUUAACACUUGACCGGGUCGAUAUGUUGCAUCGAAGUUUGGCAUGGUACAUGUGUGUUUUCGUCGUGGAUACGUUGACCUACCUGCGCAUGCUAUAUCACUCUUUUCACUUUCAUCGUCUACCCUUCGGUCGAAUCCUAACCGUCUUUCCACUCCGGCCGCUCACCGUUCUCAGCCGAAAUCGCACCCCAGCUAGAACCCUCACCUACUGGCACAGGCCGCAUACAUCGAAAUCUAGGCUCCCGAUCCUGUUCAUCCACGGUAUCGGCAUCGGACUCUACCCGUAUGUUAGAUUCCUGGCGGAACUAAACUCCGAUGAUGAGCUGGGCGUCUCCGAUGAGGAACUUGGUAUCAUCGCGGUGGAGAUCAUGCCGGUGAGUUUCCGGAUGACCGGCCCAGCUUUGCAAAAAGAAGAAAUGUGUGAAGAAGUCCGGAAAAUUCUCGCAAAGCACGGAUGGGACGAAUUUGUCUUGGUGUCGCACUCCUACGGAAGCGUGAUAUCCACACAUCUGCUCCAUGAUCAAGAUCUUUCUAGGAGGAUCCAGGGCCUCGUGCUGAUCGAUCCGGUAUCUUUCUUACUGCAUCUCCCUGAUGUCGCAUUCAACUUUAUCAAGCGGAAGCCCGUGCGCGCUAACGAAUACCAACUGUACUACUUCGGCUCCAAAGACAUGGGCGUUUCUCACACGCUAUCCCGCCGGUUCUUCUGGAGCGAGAACAUCCUGUGGAAGCAUGAUAUCGAGGACCGGCAUGUGACUGUAUCGCUUAGUGGAAAAGACCUAAUCGUGGACACGGAUGCUGUAAGGCGGUACCUGACCGGAAAGAGCGGCUUCUCGGAUUCUGGAAGCUUGCUUGCAGAAGGUUGGAGCAACGGAAAGUGGAGGGGUAACGGACUAAACGUGUUGUGGUUUGAGAACCUCGACCACGCGCAAGUGUUCGAUCUUGCAAAGAACAGGCAGUUGCUAGGAGAUAUAAUACGGGGAUACUGUGCACGGGAAGGUAGAUAA